GCAAGUUUGAGGCGUUGAAUAGGAGUUGCUAACUCUGAAAUUGGCGAAGCUCUGUUCUGGCGAUGAAAACCCUAGGGUGACCGAUCUUCUGGUAGAGGCUUCCGGCGGACAGUGAAAAUGGGGGACAAGACGUGCGAUGGUCAUCAGCAAUCCUUCGCUCGCAAUAGGGCUUCACUGCAGGGGUAGUUUCUCUGGUUUUCACAGCACGGUGCAGCUGGUUGGAAGGAUUUUGUAGAGGUGGUCGAUUAUAGGGUUAUCCGUAGCGGUUUUUCCAGGGUGCUCUUCGCACAACGUCCGGCGUGUAGUAUCGAGACGAGGCAGAAACAAUAAGAUGAGCGCACUGAGUUGGAAUUGCAGAGAGCUAAACAAUCCGGCUACAAUUCAAUGUUUGACAGAUAUUCUCCAAGCCCACAAGCCAUUCAUCAUGUUCCUGAUGGAAACGGUGCGUUGCUUGCGAGCGCGAGAGUUGAUGCAGCAAAGAGGGUACUUGUAGAGCUUCAGGGCGGACAGUACUGGGGCUAGUGGCGGUCUGGUGUUGGCCUGGAGUGAUGAGAUCGAGCUGAUUGUGGUGGGAAGAAGUGCGAAUCACAUUGAUUGCAAGGUUAGGCUUGCGCUAGAGGCUCUGUGGUGGAGGAUUACAGGUUUCUAUGGAUUUCCAGAGACUAGUAAAAUAAGAGAAGCUUGGGACCUUAUGCGGGCGGUCUUUGCUAGAAGAAGGAAGGAAGAUUCCCUGCCCCGCUUGGAGAUUAAGGGGUUUUCGCGAAGCGGUAUUUGCCAGUGGACUUGAGGAUUUUCCUUUCGAUGGAUACCGAUGGACGUGGGAAAGAGGUAUAAGAGAAGUUGGAUAGAAUACUUGUGAAUGAUGACUGGUGGGAUUUAUUUAUGGCAACACAUGCUACGUCGAUGGAGGCCCCGUCUAGCUAUGAGAAAUUUCACAGGGGUUACCGAAGUACAGAACAUGAGACUAAUCAGACCAAUUUACAUGGAGGAGGUCAGAUCGACUAUCUUUGAUAUGCAUCCAGAAAAACCUCCUGGUUCAGAUGGGAUGAAUCCACCAUUUUUCCGGGCUUUCUGGGAUGUAGUGGGAUUUGAAGUGUCGAGAUUAUGUGCCUCCAUAUUUGAUACAGGUUCUCUUCCUCCGAAUUUAAAAAUCACUAAUAUUGUUUUAAAUCUGAAAAAGAGAAACCAAUCAAUAUGGGGGAUUCAAAAUCAAUAGCAUUGUGUAAUGUGGUCUAUAAAAUUUUUCAAAAGUCCUCGCUAACCGGCUAAAGGAGAUAUUGGGUUCCCUAAUAGGUGAAAAUCAAAGUGCGUUUAUUCCUGGAAGAUCUAUAGUGGAUAAUAUUAUUGUGACUUUUGAAACUCAGCAUUUUCUGAAACGGAAGUGUUAAAAUUGGCCAUGAGCAAAGCUUAUGAUAGAGUAAACUGGUUCUUUUUAAGGGACAUCAUUCUUAAGAGAGGUUUUCAUGAAAAAUGGGCAAAUAUUAUAAUGUUGUGUGUGUCCACGGUGAUCUGAGCUACUAUGUGCGGUUUGAUGGAGAGUAUUUGGGGCGAUUCAGUCGGGGAGAGGUCUUCGUCAAGGCAAUCCUUUAUCCCAUUACUUGUUCAUUCUUGUAGCCGAUGGGCUAAGUGCUAUGUUGAAAAGAGCGGAGGUCAGUGGAGACAUUCAUGGAGUUGCUGUGUGUAGGGGAGCACCAAAAAUUACUCACCUAUUGUUUGCGGAUGAUAGUUUCCUUUUCUUUAAAGCUUCUCACAAUGAGUGUAGUGCAAUAAAAAAUAUUUAGUAAAUCCUCUUUGUCUUUUAGCCAGAACGUGGGGGAAGCAUUCAGAGAAGCUUGCAGUCAGAGCCUCAACAUACCAAAGGAGAGCGGCCGGAAUCGUUAUCUUGGUCUACCAGCUCUUGUGGGAAGAGGUAAAACGGCUCUUCUUGGCUAUUUGCGUGACAUAAUUUUUACUAGGAUUAAAAACUAGAAUAAUAGAUUUCUGUCAAGGGCGAGGCGUGCCGUGUUACAUCGAAAUGUUAUCCAGGCAAUACCCAUGUAUGCAGUGAAUGUUUUUAUGCUACCUCGCGAGUUGUGUGAUGCGGUGGAGAAAUGAUGAAUGAGUUUUGGUGGAAGGGAUCCAAGUUCGACCAAAAAGGACUAAGAUGGAGGAGGUGUGAGUUGUUGUGUAAGUCAAAAAGUGUAGGGGGUUGGGUUUUAGAAGAUUAAGAGACUUUAAUCUCGCAAUGCUAGCCAAAUAGGGGUGGAAAUUGAUAACAUAUACAUGAAGUUUAAUGGGUCGAGUGUUGAAAGCUCGAUAUUUUCCGAACACUAGCUUUCAACAAGCAGCGGUGAUAAAUAAUCCUUCCUUCAUAUGGAGGAGUAUUAUAGAGAUCCAAUCAAUUUUGGAGAAAAAUGUUAGACGCAGAAUUGGCAAUGGCAGGGAGGUACAAGGGUGGGCUGAUGCCUGGUUACCAGGGCAGGGUACAUGGAAAAUUCACUCUUCGCGUCUUGUGGGGAUACUUGACAUUAAUGUUGCAGCUCUACAGGAUUAUUCAGUGAAGAAUUGGGAUAGGGAUAGAAUGUUAUCUAUUUUUGACAAAGAAGAUAGUGAGUCUUUAUCCUAAGCACACUGAUUAGUCUCCAGGAUAGACGAUGGUUAUUGGUGGACAGGGGAAAAAGAUGGUUACUUUUUGGUCAAGAGUUUUUAUCGGAAGGUGAUGGGCUGGUAGGAUGACGGGGGCUGGGCAGACCGGGCAGCCUUGUGGGAGAUGCAUAUUCCCCCUAAAAUUAAAUAUAUGGCGUGGUAGGUACUGGAUGGAUCAUUACCAUCUUUGGAAAAUAUCCACAGGCGUGGGGUGGAGUUACCAACGGUAUGUAAAUUGUGAUGAAGUUGUGGAGUCAUGAGGCCAUGCUUUCAGGUCUUGUGUGAUGGUCUGGGAGGUGUGGCAAUCGGCAGGGGUUGAUCUGAGCAGCCAGAAUCAUACGUUGGAAGAAUGGGUGAAAAAGCAGGUUGAGGGGCCAGAAAAAGAAGACAGGUGCACAUUUAUUAUGCUUUUGUGGAGUAUAUGGAAGAGGCGAAACAGCCUUGUUUGAAAGGAUGAGUGGCUUAAUUCAACGGCAAUGAUAAAUGGGGCAGCAGUAUGUUAGCUUCAUGGAGAGAGGCUCAAAAUACGGGGGCCAAACAUAGAAAGCAGGGGCAAGGAGCAGUGGAUAGGUGGGCCAGGCCUAGGUGUGGAGUUAUUAAAAUGAACGUUGAUGCUGCGGUGAACACGACAUAUGAGAUUAGAGCUUGGGGAUAGAUCACAGGGAAUGACGAAGGCGAAUUCAUUAAGGCAGGGGGCGGUUCCAGGAAAGCAGGGUGGUCACCGGCGGAAACCGAGGCUUUGGGCAUUAGAGAAGCUAUCGGUGUAGCUAGCAGGGAAGGAUGGAGUGAAGUCAUAAUAGGGACGGAUGCUCAACAAAUUGUGCACGAAAUAAGGUGAGGGAGGGGAAUUCCUAGACAGAGUUGAUAGUGGAUGACGUUCGGCGGUUACUUCAAACAAAGAGUAACAUUAGUAUCUCUUUUUGUGAACAGUCUGUGAAUCGUGCGGCUCAUGCGUUAGCAAGAGCUCACGUGUCUAUCUCAGAUCAUAGUAGUAUUUUUACUGUUGUUCCUGAUUUAUCUUGUAAGCCAGGUGGCAAAUGAUAUGCUUUUAUAAUGGUAAGUUUGUUUUUGGCUCAAAAAAAAUAUGUAAAAAUAGCUAAAAUAAUUUUAUACAUUAAGUUCAACCGAA